AUGCCCAGCCACCUCCUGCACCCCGGGAUGCCCCGCCGCCGCCCGCACCCCGGGGUGCCCCGCCGCCGCCUGCACCCCGCGGCCGUGGCCGCGCUCCUGGUCGCCGUCUUGGAGCAGUCGCCCGCCGGCGCGGCCCCGCUCAACGGAUCCAAGUGGAGCUAUUUGGGUCCCAAUGGAGAGAAGAGCUGGUCUAAGAGAUACCCGUCCUGCGGGGGCCUGCGGCAGUCCCCCAUAGACCUGCACUCCGACAUCCUCCUGUACAACGCCAGCCUGGCACCCCUGCAGCUCCAGGGCUACAACCUAUCCGCACAAGAGCAGCUUGUCCUGACCAAUGAUGGCCACUCUGUGAGGCUGAACCUGCCCCCCAACCUGUACCUGCACGGUCUCCCGUUCCGCUACAGCGCCUCGCAGCUGCACCUGCACUGGGGGGACCACAGCAACCCCCGGGGCUCUGAGCACACCAUCGCAGGGGAGCACUUUGCCGCCGAGCUGCACAUUGUCUACUACAAUUCGGAUCUCUACCCCAACGCCAGUGCUGCCAGCGACAAGACCGAAGGCCUCGCCGUCCUUGCUGUCUUCAUAGAGAUAGGCUCCUUCAAUCCCUACUAUGAUAGGAUCUUCAGUUACCUUCAAGGUGUGAAGUACAAAGGUCAGGAAAUGCUUGUUCCAGCCUUCGACAUUGCGGAGCUGCUUCCCAAGAGGCCUGAGGAGUACUACCGCUACCAGGGCUCCCUGACCACCCCUCCUUGCCACCCCACCGUGCUCUGGACCAUCUUCCGGAAUCCUGUGCAAAUUUCCCAGGAACAGCUGCUCGCUUUGGAGACCGCUCUCUACUGCACCCACAUAGAUGACCCAUUGCCCAGAGAAAUGGUCAACAAUUUCCGGCGGGUCCAGAAGUUUGAUGAGAGGAUGGUGUAUGUCUCCUUCCAACAAGGCAUCAUCCUUUCUGUGGCCCUGGCCGGUGUCCUUGGCAUCUGCAUUGUCCUGGCAGUGUCCAUCUGGCUUUUUCGAAGGAAGAAGAGCAAAAAGGGCAACUACAGCAAAGGAGUCAUUUAUAAACCAGCCAUCAAGAAGGAGAAUGAGGCCCACGCUUGA